GGGGCAACAUGCUGACUGACACACGCGGAGAUCGCCUGUCGGAGCUGGGUGUGGACGUGGAUGGAGUUGUUACUCUUCACUCAACGCUGUAGAUAUUCGCUUUAACCCUUUGUGUCAUCAUGUUCGCCCUCAGAAAGUCUCUAACGUGCACCCUGAGAACUUUUUACGUGAGAAACUUUAGGGCUUGUGCGGCUGCUCAGAGUGCAGUCAGUCUGAAGGACCGCAGCUUUCUCACGCUCAAAGACUUCAACCCGGACGAGAUCAAACACAUUCUGUGGGUCUCCGCGGACCUGAAGAAGAGGAUCAAGCAUGAGGGACAGUAUCUUCCUCUCCUGCAAGGGAAAUCCAUCGCUAUGAUAUUUGAGAAGAGAAGUACGAGGACCCGGAUGUCUACUGAGACAGGCUUCGCUCUGCUGGGGGGACAUCCAUGUUUCCUCACACCUCAGGACAUUCACCUCGGGGUCAACGAGAGCACCAAGGACACAGCCAGGGUUCUGGCUGGCUUUGCUGACGUGGUGCUAGCACGUGUCAACAGUCAUUCUACUCUAGAGGAGCUGACCAAUGAGGCGCCCAUUCCCAUCAUCAACGGCCUAUCAGAUCUCUACCACCCCAUACAGAUCCUCGCUGACCUGCUGACCCUACAGGAACAUUAUGGCUCCUUGUCAGGGCUCACCGUAACGUGGAUUGGCGAUGGGAACAAUGUGCUGCACUCCCUGAUGAUGUCAUUGGCCAAGCUGAACGUCAAUCUGAGAGUGGCAACGCCCAAGGGUUAUGAGCCUGACAGCCAAGUACUCAAAGAGGCACGGAGACUCUCCAAACAGUACGGGACGGAGCUGUUCCUGACCUCUGACCCCGUGGAGGCGGCGCGCGGGUCCAACGUGCUGGUGACGGACACCUGGGUCAGCAUGGGCCAGGAGGAGGAGAAGAAGCAGCGCCUGCGAGAUUUCCACGGUUACCAGAUCACCAUGGAGACAGGAAGCGUGGCAUCCCCUGACUGGACGUUCCUGCACUGUCUCCCACGGAAGGCGGAGGAGGUGAACGACGAGGUGUUCUACUCUCCACGUUCUCUCGUCUUCCCGGAGGCCGAGAACCGCAAGUGGACCAUAAUGGGUUUGAUGGUGUCCCUGAUGACAGACUACACCCCUAAGAGUCCUCCACUGAAGAUCUGAAAAUCCACCUACUCAGCAGGUCACAGUAAACCUCACUUUGGACCAGAUCGGUUCCUGAUGUGGCCCUGAUCUGGCACUGUUCCGGCCCAGUUCUGGGGCAGUUCUGGGGCAGUGCCGGUCUUGAGAUGUGCCAUCUUGUGCACUGUCCCAUCUUUACUCUGCCAUGUGGUCUCAGCCAUGUUGCUGUGUGUGUUUGUGUGUGUGUGUGUGUGUGUGUGUUAAGAAACAUGCAUUAAAGGCUCUGGUUUGAUCAAA